GCAGGACAGGGCCCACAGGGCUUAUCAGCCUCCCGGCCCAGCCCCUGCCUCGGGACAUAAAUACGGAGGGGAGCGCUGGCCGUGCAUACUGUUCAGCGCUGAGGGAGGUCGCCCACGCCCCUCCAGGAUGAAAGCUGUGGUAUUGACCUUGGCUGUGCUCUUCCUGACGGGGAGCCAGGCUCGGCACUUCUGGCAGCAAGAUGAACCCCAGUCCUCUUGGGACCGAGUGCGGGAUUUAGCCAAUGUGUACGUGGAUGCAGUUAAAGAGAGCGGCAGAGAGUAUGUGUCCCAGUUGGAAGCCUCCGCCUUGGGAAAACAGCUCAACCUGAAGCUUGUGGACAACUGGGACACCUUGGGCAGCACCUUCCAGAAGGUGCAUGAACACCUGGGCCCGGUGGCCCAGGAAUUCUGGGAAAAACUGGAAAAGGAGACAGAGGAGUUGAGACGGGAGAUAAACAAGGACCUGGAGGACGUGAGGCAGAAAACGCAGCCCUUCCUGGACGAAAUCCAGAAGAAGUGGCAGGAGGACCUGGAGCGCUACCGCCAGAAGGUGGAGCCGCUGAGCGCGCAGCUCCGCGAGGGCGCGCGCCAGAAGCUGAUGGAGCUGCAGGAGCAAGUGACCCCGCUGGGCGAGGACCUACGUGACAGUGUGCGCGCCUACGCGGACACGCUGCGCACGCAGCUGGCGCCCUACAGCGAGCAGAUGCGCAAGACCCUGGGCGCGCGCCUCGAGGCGAUCAAGGAGGGCGGCAGCGCCAGCCUCGCGGAGUACCACGCCAAGGCCAGCGAGCAACUGAGUGCCCUCGGCGAGAAGGCCAAGCCCGUCCUGGAGGACAUCCACCAGGGCCUGAUGCCGAUGUGGGAGAGCUUCAAAACCGGCGUCUUGAAUGUCAUCGAUGAGGCCGCCAAGAAGCUGACCGCCUAAUGAGGCGGCUGCCACCAAUCCCCUUUCCAGUAUUCCGUUUCUUAGAAUAAAUGUUUCCAAAGUAG